AUGUUGUUAACCAAGCAAUCCUUAACUGUUUUUGUUCUUUUAUUGGUCCAAUUGAUUGGAACUUUUGCUCAAGGAAUACUACCAAGUGGUUGGGAAAAUAUAAAAUUAACUAGAGAAUUGGAUCUACAGCAUACUUUUACCGUUGAGAGUUUUCAAUUAACUAUCAAAAAUAUUGCUGAUAAACCAUUGAAACAAUACUUUAUCCCUAUUCCUAAACAAUUAAGGGAUCAGCUCUCAACAAUAACCGCAUCAUUAUCUAAGAAUACUGAUGCUUUAUUAAAUUGUUAUGUAUCUGACACCUUAAAUACUUUAGAAGACGGUACUGUUUUGAGUUAUGGUGUUGUUGAAUUGCCAACUCCUCUUCAACCAGGCAAGGAAAUUGACAUUGUUGCCAGAAUAUUCUAUAAUAUCGCUGGUAUCCCAUAUCCUUCAAAGAUCAAAAUUGGUGAAGUCCAACAAUUAUAUUUUAGUACUAAUAGAUUACCACUAUCUCCAUAUUCCACUUUGGAAGGUCGUUUGUUAGUCAAAACCAAGAGUGAUGUGAAGGAGGAUAACAAACCGGAAGAUCAAUUUUUACAAGGUACUUUCAAUGACGACACAAAUACCUUAGAGUUUGGUCCUUGGUACGAUAUUAAACCAUACACAGUAUCCAAUGUAGAUCUAAUUUACAAGCAUGUGCCUGCUUUGAAAGAAGUUAUCAAUUUACAAAGAGAUAUCUGGGUGGCUCACUGGGCAUCUACUAUUCAAUUUGAAGAAUAUUAUGAAUUGACAAACAAAGGUGUCGGAUUAACAGAUGGAUUCUCUAGAUUAGAAUUCAUGAAGCGUAGUCAAUUGGCCCAAUUUGGUAUGAUUCCAUGGAUUCAUAUUUUAGAAAUGAGUUUACCAGAGCAAGCCACAGAACAUUUCUGUACAGAUAAAGUUGGUAUGGUAUCUACCACUGACGUUGUUGGGGAUACUUUCUACAUUAAACCAAGAUUCCCUAUUUUUGGUGGCUGGUUUUACAAUUUUACUAUUGGUUGGACUAACCCAUUAAACCAAUUUCUACAGAGAUAUGAAAAUGAUGAUGAAACUUUCUUACUGACUGUCCCAAUCUUAAAUGGUCCACAAGAUACAGUCUAUGACAAUGUUAACGUCACAAUUUACCUUCCAGAAGGUGCUGAAUUAUUAGAUGCAGGUUCUCCAGUAUCUUAUAAAUCUAUAUCAACAGCUCAUGAACACUCCUAUUUUGAUAUGAAAGAAGGUCAUGUUAAAUUGACUUUUGAGUUCAAGAAUUUAUUUACUGAUAUUGGCAAAGCUGAUCUACUUGUUAAAUAUAGGUAUUCUAAAGCUGCUCUAUAUAAGAAACCUUUAUCUAUUGCAGCUUACUUUUUCAGUGCAUUGAUGGGAUUUUUUGUAAUUCGUUCUUUGAAUCUAUCCAUUAAUAACUGA